CCACAAUAAAAACUGCACUCUGCUCCAGUGAUUUUGCCCUUUCAGCUCCACACCUGGAAAAGACACAUUGCAUAAAGGUUCAUUCUGUUGUCGGUGGCUCCAUUUCCAUUUUGAUCCAUCUGGUGUGACCCAUCCAUCUAGAGAAUGAUAUUAGACUCCUUUCCUUAUCUAGAGGUCUUCCUGGGCUUCCUGGGCUUCGGUCUGGGCAUCCUGUUCUGCACCAGCUUCUGCAGGUCGUGCGCCCGUUUGCGAGAGGAGCAGAUCGAGAGGGAAGCCCAACACCGCAGGGAGCAGGACAGCCAGCUGCGCUCCAUCUACUUCAUCCCUUUCCCCAGGAGCAUCUCACGGCAGGACAGCGAAGACCUGCACGGGAGCGACCACCUCAACCCCCCGAGAUACAGCACCGCCGCCCGCUAUGAGCCCCCGCCAUCCUAUAACGAGUUGGGGAUUAAACCGGAUGAUCUCCCACCUCCUUACACAGAACAUCACAUUCCAGACUUUUUAAGCACACAACCACCCACUCAGACAAACGUGGACCUAUCGCAAGUCCAGUCUCAUCCAUAAAGGCAGGAGCUUCACCCUGGUGAUCAUGGACAAUCCUGCUCCGCCUUCCUACAGUUUCUAACGUUUCCCCUUCUUUUUUUACAUUCUGGGUUGUUUUUUUUUUCUAUUGUUGCUUCAAUUUCAGUUCAGUUCACUUUAUUAUUUUUAUUAUAUUUAAUAAAGUAUUUGUCCCAUCACUGCGUCGGAGAACGAGAAGUUUUGAGGAGGUUCAGGAUUCUGUCGAUACUUUGUGUGAGGAUACUUUGUGCCCGGACGUUAUGGGCUGAAGAGGCGUUCAUUUCACGAGUUUUGGUAAAUUAUUUCUUCCUGCAGUCAAAGGCCUGUUGUCACAAACUGACACCGUUCUUGUCAGCUCUGUGGUGUUUUAAUGAUUGGAUUCUGAACAAAAGGUCUCUGUCUGUGCGCUUGUAUGUAGCAUAAACACGUUCAUAAACUGAACAGGAUGUC